AAAUCCCCAAAUGUCUCUCUCUCUCUCCGAUCUUUUUACGCUCCGGUCGCCGAUCCGAUCGCUACCCAUAAAUAGCUCCCGAAUUUCCUUUCGAUUUCUCGAGAAGAUCGGUAAACCAUUGGAAAUUCGGCGGGAGACCUGUUAUAAGUCUUUUCUUCAACAAGGUACUUGAAAGGGAAGAGGUCGAGAUCCGGUCAAUCUCGGCCGUCCGUUACAAGAUCUCGCCGGAAAACGGAGGAAAAUCGGCUUUCCUUCUUGUUUUCCGACAUGGAUUCGGUCGGAGAGAUGAAACGUAGGUCUGUAGGAGGCCCCAAAAAAGAAUGCGCGAAAAUCGAGGAGUCUGACUGUAAUGUAAGAACAGACGGGUCCGACGAUAAGAAGAACCGGAGAUUCGAAUGCCGUUUGAUCAGAUACGAUGCGUUGCCGGAGUAUCUGAAAGAUAAUGAGUUUAUACUGGAUUAUUACAGAUCGGAAUGGCCUCUGAAAGAGGCUUUUCUGAGCGUUUUUCAAUGGCACAACGAAACGCUCAAUGUGUGGACGCAUUUGGGGGGAUUUGUUUUAUUUCUUGUGCUGACGGUGUUGAGUUCAAUGGAGAUUCCUGAGGUUAGAGAAAUGAUUUCCGGGUUUUCCAGAUCGAUUCAUGCGCCUUUGAUGAAGAAUAUCUCUGCAAGCUUCUUACCGGACCAUUUAAUGAGAUUCGUGUUACGAGAUCAGACCGACCAUAUCAUGGAACCCAUUGCCAGGGUCCCACGUUGGCCCUGGUUCAUCUUCCUAUCCGGGGCAAUGAGCUGCUUGGCCUGCAGCUCUCUCUCCCACCUUCUCACAUGCCACUCCCGGCGCAUGAACCUCUUCUUUUGGCGCCUCGACUACGCAGGCAUCUCUCUCAUGAUCGUCUCCUCCUUUUUCCCACCAAUCUACUACGCAUUCCUUUGCUAUCCUUUAGCACGGAUCUUCUACCUUUCCACCAUUGCAAUCGUAGGACUAGUAGCUAUCCUGACUCUCUUAACUCCUGCAUUCUCCUCUCCUCGUUUCAGACCUUUCCGUGCAUUGCUUUUCCUUACAAUGGGCUUUUUCGGUGUGGUCCCAGCCACACACGCCCUCCUAAUCAAUUGGGACCAGCCCAGUUGCCAUGCUGCACUCGCUUAUGAGCUUUUGAUGGGUCUGGCCUACGCCGUUGGGACGGGGUUCUAUGUUUCAAGGGUCCCAGAGCGGUGGUGGCCCGGAGCUUUUGAUCUAGCUGGGCACAGCCAUCAGAUCUUCCACGUGUUUGUCAUCGCGGGGGCGCUCGCACACUAUGCUGCCACGCGGGUGCUGAUGGAUUGGCGAGAUGGCGGCGCCACGUGUCAGGCGUAUGGUGGGUCCACUGGCCUUCUUAGCUGGCUGAGAUUAUAGAGAUAUAUAUAUUUUUUUAAUGUGAUAGUUAUAUUUGGUGGUGGUGAAGUGGGUGGUCUGUUUGGCUGCUUUUCAAAGGGGAUGGAAAUUAUCAUAGAAGGGUUGAGUGGUUGUGGAAAUGUUUGUUUGUGAUUCCACCCCUUUAUUUUGU